AUUGAUGUGUCACCACCACCUCUGUUGCUACCAGACCUAGCUAACUAUCCUGAUCACACUCAUUUUUGGCUCUUUUCUUUAAAAAUAGGUAAACAGUUUUAUUUCAUUAUUUAGAACCAGACGUCAAGGUGUUAUAAAGGGGAAGAAACUACCAUUCAUUAAACAGCCUCUUUCCACUCGUCUCUUGAUCUCUGUCUGCCUUCUGCAACAAACCAUGCAGGUGUUAGGUCCUCUUUAGUGACUUCUGAGAUUUGGUAUGGGCAGUUAUUUUGCAUUGUAUUCAAUCCCCUACCCCUUCCCCAUUUUUCAACCCUGGUGUAAUAAGCCAGUGAAACGUAACCUGUGGUUGCAUAAGGCUUGGUUAUCAGCAAGCUGCUGUCUUGCCUGUCUUCACACUGCAUGGUGGCCUGCAGAGCUGGUUCCUCACGGGAUUUGCCCCUUCUGAAAACAUCCAUACUACCACAAGGAGAGAAAAAAAAUCAGGAUAGAAGGGUCAUUUUUAGCCCGAGAUUAGAAUUGGUGCUUCCUUGCUACUCUGAGGCUGGGCAGCCAGAUGGGCUCCUUCUGUGCUUAGUUUGGGUGCUGUUCCACAUAUUGAAGCCACACACGGAGGUCAGUGGGGGCCUAUCUACUUUGUUGCAUCAAUGAGACCAGGAAAGUCCUCUAUCAGAGGGAAACAAAUAUUGGUGCACAAUGGAGUAGUUGUUUUUAACGUCCUUAUACCACAGAUAGAUUGAGGCUGCAAGCGCAGAUCGACAGUGUGUUCCAUUUAGGUCUUGUUCUGCUAUUAGGUCCCAACUGUCCCCAUUGAGGCUGAGUCACAAGUAACUCGGUGAACCUCCCUGGUGUAAUGGAUGUGUAAUGGCUUCGGGGCACAGAGAAUAUCCCGGGAAGAGGUCUUGGUAAUAUGAGCCAUUACCAAGAAAGGUCUUACUGGUCCCCAGUUCUCACAAGGAUCCUCCAGUCCGUCUGAAAGUCAUUUCCGGUAGGACUGGAUCUGGCUCUGGUGCAAGAAAUCUUCAGUGGAGCAGGAUAAAAUUCUCUACACGAGCUUUGAAACAGUGCUUUUUGCGUUUCACAUACAAACAGUUCCGAAUUCCGUUUGUAUGUGAAAAGCAAAAAGCACGGUCUGGGUCUCCUUUCAUCCUUGUCAGGAGGGAGUCGUUCCCAUUUUACAGAGAAGAGAAACGGGUUCACAAAGACGAUGACCUAGGGUUAGAACCCAGUCCCCUGCGUCCUUUCCGUCCCAGUCCUCGGUCCUUUCAAAACUGCGGGGGUUUUGAGAGCUCCACUCAAGCCCACGUAGCCAUGCUCAAGGUCAGGUUGAAGGCUUUGCCCGCCUCCCAGGGCGGGGUCAGAGGUAUCCCCACCUGUAGCUUUUAGAUCCCCAAGCGCUCGCAGGUGGGGUGCGGGCCCAGGAGGGAUCCUGGGGUGGGGCGCCCGAGCGCGCCCACGAUUGGUGCUCAGGGGACCAGGGGGCGGUAAAGGGAAGGGGCGGGCCCGCGCCCGAGAGGGAAGGCUCCGGCCCGGGUGAGCGUGGGGCCGCUGGAUGACCCGGCUCCUGCUUGCUCUGCAGCCCCGGCCUCUUGCCCACCAUGAACGCCAGCGGCUCGGGCUACCCGCUUGCCUCGCUCUACGUGGGCGAUCUGCACCCCGACGUGACUGAGGCAAUGCUCUACGAGAAGUUCUCUCCCACCGGCUCCAUCCUGUCCAUCCGCGUGUGUCGCGAUGUGGCCACCCGGCGCUCGCUGGGCUACGCCUACAUCAACUUCCAGCAGCCCGCCGACGCGGAGCGGGCACUGGACACAAUGAACUUUGAGAUGCUCAAAGGCCAGCCUAUUCGCCUCAUGUGGUCCCAAAGAGACCCAGGACUUCGCAAGUCAGGUGUGGGCAACAUCUUCAUCAAGAACCUGGAGGACUCCAUUGACAACAAGGCCUUGUAUGAUACCUUCUCCACCUUUGGGAACAUCCUCUCUUGCAAGGUGGCGUGUGACGAGCAUGGCUCCCGCGGUUUCGGCUUCGUUCAUUUUGAGACCCAUGAGGCCGCACAGCAGGCCAUCAACACCAUGAACGGGAUGCUGCUGAAUGACCGCAAAGUCUUUGUGGGCCACUUCAAGUCUCGACGGGAGCGGGCGGCGGAGCUGGGAGCGCGAGCCCUGGAGUUCACCAACAUCUACGUGAAGAACCUCCCGGCGGAUGUGGACGAGCAAGGCCUGCAGGACCUCUUCUCCCAGUUUGGGAAGAUGCUGAGUGUGAAGGUGAUGAGGGACAACAGCGGCCGCUCGCGGGGCUUUGGCUUUGUCAACUUUGAGAAGCACGAGGAAGCCCAGAAGGCUGUGGUCCAUAUGAAUGGGAAGGAGGUGAGCGGGCGGCUGCUGUAUGCGAGCCGGGCCCAGAAGCGCGUGGAGCGGCAGAAUGAACUGAAGCGCAGGUUUGAGCAGAUGAAGCAGGACCGGCUGAGCCGUUACCAGGGCGUGAACUUGUACGUGAAGAACCUGGAUGACUCCAUUGAUGACGACAAACUGAGGAAAGAGUUCUCUCCCUAUGGAGUGAUUACCAGUGCGAAGGUGAUGACAGAGGGUAGCCACAGCAAGGGGUUUGGCUUUGUGUGUUUUUCCUCCCCAGAAGAGGCGACAAAGGCCGUGACAGAGAUGAACGGGCGCCUCGUGGGCACCAAGCCACUCUACGUGGCACUGGCCCAGCGCAAAGAGGAGCGGAAGGCCAUCUUGACCAACCAGUACAUGCAGCGCCUCUCCACCAUGCGGACCCUGAGCAACCCCCUCUUGGGCUCCUUUCAGCAGCCCUCCAGCUACUUCCUGCCUGCCGUGCCCCAGCCUCCAGCCCCGGCUUCGUACUAUGGCUGUGGCCCAGUGACACCCACCCAGCCUGCCCCCAGGUGGACGUCCCAGCCACCUAGACCUUCCUCUGCCUACCCUCCAGGUGCCUCGAUGGUUCGGCCCCCAGUGAUGCCUCGGUGCCCCCCAGCCCACAUCAGCGGUGUCAGGCAGGCCUCCACCCAGGUGCCACGCACGGUGCCCCACACCCAGAGAGUAGCCAACAUUGGUACUCAGACCACAGGACCCAGUGGGGUAGGAUGCUGCACGCCAGGCCGGCCUCUCCUGCCGUACAAGUGUCCCUCAGCAGCACACAGCACCGAUCAGGUCCAGGAGCCGGCUGUGCACAUCCCCGGACAUGAGCCCCUGACUGCGUCCAUGCUGGCUGCGGCACCCCUGCAUGAGCAAAAGCAGAUGAUUGGGGAGCGGCUCUACCCCCUCAUCCAUGAUGUCCACACCCAGCUGGCCGGCAAGAUCACGGGCAUGCUGCUGGAGAUUGACAACUCGGAGCUGCUGCUCAUGCUGGAGUCUCCAGAGUCCCUCCAUGCCAAGAUAGACGAGGCAGUGGCCGUGCUGCAGGCACACCAGGCUGUGGAGCAGCCGAAGGCGUUCAUGCAUUGAAACCAGAAAAGGAAAUCCUCGCUUCCAUGGCUGCCAGAAGGACAGUGUUUCUGGCUCUCAGCCCUAAGGCCCUGCAAACUCUAACUUAUUUCCCAAUUAGUGGUAUCAAUACUUGGGCCCUGUAUGCAAAUGAAGGUUGGUCAUCCAUCCAGCCUAUUGCCUUUUGCUUUGUGUAUUAAAAGUGCUGCAAAAUCUG